GGAGGAGUCCAGCUACAGUCAUCAUGUAAAUGGUUCAUAAUACCGCAGUGGAGCUGCUUCUGCCAUUGUCUGCCUGCCUGCCGUAUUCACACUACUGAAGAAAUUACCGCUGCAGAACAAACAACCCAUUGAGCACAAUUUAAUUGGUUGCCUGGCAUUUUGUCUGUGGCAACAGGACCAUGGCUGCCAGCAAGAGCAAAAACCAGAGUUCCUUGGCCCUCCAUAAAGUAAUUAUGGUUGGCAGUGGAGGUGUGGGCAAGUCUGCACUCACUCUUCAGUUUAUGUAUGAUGAGUUUGUAGAAGACUAUGAACCUACCAAGGCUGACAGCUACAGAAAGAAAGUAGUUCUGGAUGGUGAAGAAGUUCAAAUAGACAUUCUGGACACAGCAGGACAGGAGGAUUAUGCAGCCAUCAGAGAUAACUAUUUCCGCAGUGGGGAAGGCUUUCUUCUAGUAUUCUCAAUAACAGAGCAUGAAUCCUUCACAGCAACAGCAGAGUUUCGGGAACAGAUCCUGCGUGUGAAGGCUGAAGAGGAUAAAAUACCUUUACUGGUAGUGGGAAACAAAUCUGACUUGGAAGAGCGCAGGCAAGUGCCUGUAGAAGAAGCUAGAAGUAAGGCAGAAGAGUGGGGUGUACAGUAUGUAGAAACUUCUGCCAAGACCAGAGCAAACGUAGAUAAGGUAUUCUUUGAUUUAAUGAGAGAAAUCAGAGCAAAGAAAAUGUCAGAAAACAAAGACAAGAAUGGCAAGAAAAGUGGCAAGAACAAGAAAAGCUUUAAAGAAAGAUGUUGCUUACUGUGAUGCUUGGGAACUGUAAAUACUGAUCUACAGGUGGCAUGGAUAAGAUACCACUAAGGAUAUAGGGCUGGAUUCAUGAAAGGAAGUCUGUAUUGACUCCCUUUAUCUUUUGCUUUGCAUAUCACACCUUCAAAAUGUGAAAAGAACUUUGAAACCAUUUCUGGUAUCCAACAAAACCUAUGCCUACUUAAAUGGAAAUGGGCUCCGUCUUCCCAGUGUCUUUCAAAACUAGAAACACUUUCAGAACUACAGUUCUUUUGCUUGGUCAUACAAGAUGCUUUUAUAUUAACUUCUUAAUACACUCAGAUGUUUCUCUUGAACCUCUACUAGCCUUAAUAAGCACAGCUGUUCAGGUUCAAACUUUUUUCUCCCCUACUGUUGCUGCCCUCCUUGAUGUUGCAAACUUCAGAAAAGCUAGAUGACAUCUGGUGAAUUACUUGAGUCUCCAUCUUCUGUUAGUUGUCACUGAUACUUCUUACUCUGAAAUCUGCUGGUUUCCUUCCCAUACUCCAUGUAAGAAUUAGCAACUGACACUUAAGAGUCAACUCAGAACAAACUUUCUUCCAUGUUCUGUUUAGUCAAUACAGUAUUCGUGAAUCAAGCCUGUGGACUCAAUUCAGACUUUCUUUAGUCAAUGCAAAAAUUGAUACUUAAAUACUGGCUAGAUGCAUUCCCCACUAGUUUGUCUUCUCAUCCUUAAAUUAGUGGUAUGGAGUGAGAAAAUGACUAAACUUUUUCUUCAGAAGGAGUAUUUUGCUGCCAUCCCUUGAAAGUGCUGAUUUCUUCCAUAUAUUGUGCCUAGACUAAGUCACACUCACUGCAUCUAUCAUCCCUCCCUGGUACUGGAGUAGUGAAAAUCAAAAUGUUGACUCCAUCGAUUUUGUUUAUAUUAGAACACUUGUGAUCAUGUUGGAAAGCAGGAGUAUCUGCAUCUGUCUCUUGUCUUGGUGAAGAUGAAAACUUUGAGAAAGGAUGGGUCACACCACACAAUCAUGACUUGGAAUAGGUGAGGCAUACCUGCUACCUCUCAACAGUUAGCUGGCUAGUGAGUUCUAUGGUGUCAAACAAGUUAAGCAGUUGUCACAUCUGUUACUGUUAAUUUUAUGUGCACUAUUUCCAAUGCAAGCAACCUAGCACAUGGGGAUGUGUGUUCAGUUUUACUCAGUUAUGCAAUGGGGGUCACGUACUGGUCAACAGAAACCAGCCUAGAAAUGGGAAAGUCAGUAUUUAGCAGGUCCUCUUAUCAGCUGACUGAACUGAGCUUUGUGAUGCAGUUUGAGUGCAGUUGCCAAAACCCAAUUCUGCCACUGUUUCGGAAGGUAACUGUCUCUUCUGAUUGUGGAGGCUCUCCAUAAAUGAUGGCUAUCUUCCAUUUUGAAGGAGUAGAGAGACUUCAAGUAGUGACUGUACCUUGCUUGACUGGAUGCUUAAGAACAAAACUUACUUGGUGAAAAGGGGUGUGUCAUGUGGCUGUUCAGUGAAACAACCAUGGCACUAAAUUAACAAAUAGUGUUUCUUCUUGAGGUGGUGUAGUGAAUACUGUUCAGUACUUAGUAUUGUAAUUUGAGGCUGAAAGAAAAUAACCCACAUUUAACAUGUACUAGAUUAUCCUGGUGCAUUCCACCUCUGGUCUCUAGAAAAAAGUAAGAUGUGUUGGAUAUCAGAACCUCUGUUGGCCUGAGGUUUCACAGGGGCUUAUCACAAACUCAUUGUCUUCCAUAAGUAGUUCAACUUGUCAGGCAACUAAUUGGACUGGGGAAGCUGUACUAAAUAAAAGGUGCUGUAAUCUUUGUUCUUGUCAAGUUAAAUUCCUUCUUUGUUAAUCUCUUGUAUGCACAGAAAAAUAUUUUUAAGCAAUUCUGGAAAUACUUCUCUGAACAGGGUGAGUAAUUAGUAUUGCAAAGCCAACUUGACAACACAGUUUUGAAGUGAAGGCUUGUAGCCUUCUGCCUGGUGGAAUUUGUCCCUUGACCUAAGCACCUAAUGGGACACUUGGAGCUGUGACCCUUUUAACAAAGUUUCCCCUUGAACUUCCAUGGAUAAAGCUGAUUUUUGAGUGCAUAUUGUGUAUACAGCAAAUGAAUGUUUGUUUCUGGAGGAAGGCACCUCACUUAGGUCGGAGUUUAGUUGAGACUUAAAGGCAGAGUCCUAAAUUAACCUGAAGGAUAAACAACAGUUGAAUUCACAUUACAGGCUUAACUAGGUCAAGCUGCUCUGAGGUGGAUUGUAAAAUGUGUCUUAAAACUGAAUAAGCUUUCCUUGCGAUAUGAAUAAUGAACUCAAGGACGCUCACAAUGAGCAGCUCAACUGUAUUAGCUUGAGACUUGCAUGUCUUGAUCUUUGAUCUCCUUAAAGUACCUGACAGUAUUUGAUAGAACAGAUGAAUUUCUACUCAGAAUAGUGAGUCUAUUACUGGUAUUCUCACAGUCCAUGUGCUGUCCUCACUCAGGUUUUUUUAACUGAUAGAACUCCACUGCUGAGGCAGACUUACUUGGAAGCAGCUUUUUACUAUUCCCCUUCUGUACUUGUGACAAACUUCAGUUUAAUGUUCUAGUCACAGCUGAAAACAUGGCUACUUCAUAACAGUGGGCAACAAGCAUUCCAAUUUGUACCAGGAAGGCAAUAAAACUCUGGUGGACUGGAAUCCUGUUGCCUCCACCUCAUAUAGUGGAAGUGCCUGAAAACAUGCCCUUCAGAUGGUAGCAAUAUGAUUUGAGGGUUCUUCAAAGACAUCUGGGUAUGCUUCCCUGGACAGCAGUGGACGUGAAUGUUAGAUGGGUUGACUAGAGUAAAUACAAAAUGGUGCAGAAAAAUCCUUGCUUUGGACUACUUGCAAAUCAGCUACAUGGGUGAGGAUGUCUUUGGCAAGAGGGUGGUGGUGUGUAUAGUGGCAUAUACUAGCCCUGCUGUGUAGCUGAGGCAGCUGAAGACUCAAUUGAAGCAGAUAUACUCUAGCAGCCAUUGUGUGUUAUGUAAUUAAGGACUAAGACUUCAGUCAGAAUAAUGUGUUCUUAAAUCUUUGCAGAGCAUGGCUGCAGGCAAGUAACUGGAUAUUUGAAGCUGGAGGUCAUGCAAGACUUGACUAUGCACUUGCACUUAAGCAUUCAAAUAUUAUUCUUGUGUAAUGGCUUAAAGUCAGGGAGCUGUUUACUGCUAUAUGCAAUCUUCCAUAUGUGGCUUAGCUGUGGGUGUGUAUUCCAGCCUUCCUUCUGGUUUGAGCAAACACCUAUGAGAAAAGCCCCCUUUAUAACAGGGCUAAGUUAUACAAAAAAAGCAGGUUAAACUCCAGGAGUCCAAAGGCAGACUUGACUCCUGUUUAUCUCUCCAGAUGAGUGCACAGAUGCAACAUGAAGCACAUCUCAAGUGACUUGUGCCAUAUGUGUUCUGUAUAUACUCUAAUGCACCUUUACUGCAAUUUCUAAGUGAACACUUGCCUUCAUGAAGAGAGAUGUAUGCAUACAUUUACUGGGCAUUAAACUUCUGUAAGAUGUUAACAGCCAUCUGAAGUUCCAGUUGAAUCUCAUCAGACUAAUACAAUGCUUAAGAAUACUCUGGGCCUAAGACAUAAAGAUACAAUCUGGAAUGUAAGGGGCGGGGUGGGGUGGGGAAUGCAUCUAACUAUGUGCUCACCAAGAUCUUUUUUUAACACUUUACAAAGCGCUGACCCACUGCUUAGGGCUGAGAGGCCUACCAAUUACUGCUCAAAAGAAGAUACUGUUUAUCAAUUCAACUCAGAGCUUGAGUAGGCAGAAGCUUUCUUCAAUUGCUAUAAGCAUAUGUUGCUAUGUUCACCUCCUGUUGACUUUAUAGUUAAGAGAAGGAGGGAAGAAGAACAAAAGCUAUGAUUUUUUCACUGUAAUCUCCACACUUCAUGGAAUGGCAGGUGUUCCUCUUGGGAGGGGAAGGUGUUAUCUCAAACACCAAGAAAGAGGUUUAGUGUAGAGGAAGUGAUUGUAAGAUAUAAUGAAACAGCCUCUAAACUAUGUAUGCUAUACAAUGUAAAAUUUUUCUCUUGCAUAGCUUCAGAGCUUUGUCUCUAACUUGCACACAAUUUUAAUGUCUAUAAACUGGUCACUUUUCAUUAUCAUGCUAAUACAAGUGAUUUGUAUUACUAUUGAUAAUAAAAAGAAAAACAGGCUUAAUAUUUGUUUGUUACUG